GUUUGGAGACGUUUGAGGCGCAGCUUCGAUGGAGAAGUAUGAGAAAAUCAAAGUUGUUGGGAGAGGAGCUUUUGGCCCUAGAGAACAAUAGUGAACAAACGGCAUCAUGAAGACCAAGGGAAACACAAGACAGGAUUGUUCAUCUGUGCCAGAGGCGCAGCGAUGGAGCCUUUGUCAUCCUGAAAGAGAUCCCAGUUGAGCAGAUGUCACGAGAUGAACGCCUGGCAGCCCAGAACGAGUGUCAAGUGCUCAAGCUGCUCCACCACCCAAAUAUCAUAGAGUACUAUGAAAACUUCCUGGAAGACAAGGCCCUCAUGAUAGCGAUGGAGUAUGCACCAGGUGGGACCCUGGCUGAAUACAUACAGAAGCGCUGUAAUUCCCUCCUGGAUGAGGACACCAUCCUUCACUUCUUCGUGCAGAUCUUACUCGCUCUGUACCACGUGCACAACAAACUCAUUCUGCACCGUGACCUCAAAACCCAGAAUAUUCUGCUGGACAAACACCAGAUGAUUGUCAAAAUCGGAGACUUUGGCAUCUCCAAAAUCCUCGUCAGCAAGAGCAAAGCUUACACGGUAGUCGGGACUCCCUGCUACAUCUCCCCGGAGCUGUGUGAGGGAAAGCCCUACAACCAGAAAAGUGACAUCUGGGCUUUGGGCUGCGUCCUGUAUGAGCUGGCGAGCCUGAAGAGGGCCUUUGAGGCGGCUAAUCUACCUGCCCUCGUUCUGAAGAUCAUGAGCGGUACCUUUGCUCCGAUAUCGGACCGGUACAGCCCAGAACUCCGGCAGCUCAUCCUCAAUAUGCUGAACCUAGAUCCAUCUAAAAGGCCCCAGCUCAAUGAAAUAAUGGCAUUGCCCAUAUGCAUCAGGCCCCUGCUUAAUCUCUACACAGAUAUAGGCAAUGUGAAAAUGCGCAGGAUUGAGAAACCGCUGUCUGCUGUGCAGCCACGAGGCAGACCAGGGGAGAGAGUUUCUACUAACAGGACCAGAGGUAAUAUUGUUUGUAUAGUCAAGCUCCAACGCAGUGACUUUUGCCUUAUUUCUUCUUGCCCUGAAACAGAUGGAUCAGCGGGUUUGGGAUCGGGAAAAGUGCAUUCGCUCCCACUGUCCUCGGUGUAUUUGUGGGGAAGUGGGAUCACAGCGCCUCUCCGUCUACCGAUGCUUAACACUGAAGUGCUUCAAGUGUCUCUCGGCCGGACUCAAAAAAUGGGAGUCACCAAGUCUGGCCGGCUGAUUACCUGGGAGGCUCCUUCGGUUGUGUCUGGUGAGACCAGUCUUCCAGGUGGGGUGGAUCAGAUGCAGCCACUGUUCAUUUCUCGCUUUCUUGAGGGUCAGUCAGGUGUUACCAUCAAGUCUGUGUCCUGUGGCGAUCUGUUUACCACCUGCAUGACAGACCGGGGUAUUAUCAUGACAUUUGGAAGUGGAAGCAAUGGCUGUCUGGGACACGGUAACUUCAAUGAUGUAACACAGCCUAAGAUUGUGGAGGCACUCCUCGGCUAUGAGCUGGUCCAAGUGUCCUGUGGAGCUUCUCAUGUUCUCGCUGUGACCAAUGAAAGAGAAGUGUUUGCUUGGGGAAGGGGAGACAACGGUCGCCUCGGUCUGGGCACCCAGGACACCCACAACUGCCCCCAGCAGGUGUCUUUACCUGCAGAGUUUGAGGCCCAGAGGGUUGUGUGCGGCGUCGACUGCUCCAUGAUUAUCAGCAUGCAGUGUUGCAUUCUGGCAUGUGGAAGCAACAGGUUCAACAAGCUUGGUCUGGAUAAGAUUACAGCUGCAGAGGAGCCAAAUCCUGUGAAUCAAGUUGAAGAAGUUAAUUCUUACACUCCGAUUCAGUCAGACCCGCUCAACUCUGAGAGGAUUGUUUACAUCGACAUUGGAACGGCCCAUUGUGUUGCUGUUACAGAAGAGGGUCGGUGUUAUACGUUUGGCAGCAACCAGCACGGUCAGAUGGGCUGCAGCUCGCGGCGCAGCAGCCGUGUGCCCUAUCUGGUGCCCGGCCUGAAGGACAUCACCUUGGCUGCCUGCGGUGACGCUUUCACCCUGGCCAUUGGAUCUGAAGGGGAGGUGUACACAUGGGGGAAGGGGGCCCGUGGUCGCCUCGGAAGAAAGGAGGAGGACUGUGGGAUACCGAAGCCGGUGCAGCUCGAGGAGCGUCACCCAUUUGUGGUGACAUCGGUGGCCUGUUGUCAUGGCAACACUCUGCUGGCAGUGAAACCUUUGUUUGAGGAUCCUGUUUCAAGAUGACUUUGAGCUGAAAUCCUUCCCCUUGACUAGUCCUUCUGAGGAUCAUUCAGGGGGAGAUCUUCCUUUCACUCUGCAGCUACGGUUCCACUUGCUCUACUAUUGCUUUAAAUGGUAAAUGGACUGAACUUAUAUAGCGCUUUUCCAGUCACAAAGACCACUCAAAGCGCUUUACACUAGAGCAACGUUCACCCAAUCACACUCACUAACGCUCACACAUUCAUACGCAGAUACGCAGGUCGGUAGGCAACUUGAAGUUAAGUACCUUCUGAUUGCAAGACGACUACUCUUCCUACUGAGGCACAGUCGCCUCUUUAUGAACACAUGUUUGUUUCGGCUGGUGGGCUGAUAACACACACAGAACGUCAGAGCCUGUCUGAGGCAGCAGGUGGAUCUCGCUACAGACAUGUCAAAGAAAUGUUGCAACACUGAUAAUGAAGCUGGAUUACAGGAGCUCAUUAGGCAGCUCUCAUGUGGUGAGCCAUUGUUUUCCCACACAUGUAGCUUUCUAUCAGUAAACCAUGAAAAGCCAGUAAAAGUCAAACAGGUUUUGUCUCUUUUAAGACGCCGGUGAAUGAGACGAAAAGAAUGAAGCCACUCAGUCGAGAGCGUCGCACUGUGAGGGGUCAGUUUGGGCUUUAUUGGAUUAGUGCGUUUCACAAACGCAAACAGCAGAUAACGAAGGGGGUGUAAGGGGACAUGCCAGACCGGGGCAGCAGUCACCCCCUCGUUCCGACACAUUCACAGCUUCUCUAGAGCAGAGAAUAGCUGCCUGUAGAGUAAACAGGCAGCUAUUCACACUGUUGCGAGCAGUAAAUAACAUGCUAUUAACAGCGCUGUUUUCAUUCCAUCUUAGGAAUUUUUACAGGCUGAGCAGCUGACAGUUUGUACACAAUACACUUGAAGGCGUUUAGGAUGUACCUCGUAUAUUUGUUAUAUUUUAUAAAUACUCUGUUUGGGAGAUGAUCUCAUGCAAAACCGAUCAACCGAAUGAAUAACUUCGAUUUCUGUGGGUCCAAAACAUCUGACCUUUGAAGGACAAUAAGUUUCUGGCCCCAUAGGACAGAGCAAACAUUGAAAAACUCUUCCUGUCUUCAUGUGAUAAAAACUGACUGAGACAAACACAAAAGAGGGGAAGUAAUCUGAACGAACUGGAUGCCUUGUUAUUGCACGUGGCUUUAAAUGGGUUGAAUAAAACUUAUGACCUGAUUAUUUUACAAAAACAGCCACUCGUUAGUGUGGAAACCAUCUACAAUUAUUAGAAUAAUUAUUACCAGAAAGUUAUAUUUAUUAUGCUGAUGAUUAAUGUUUAAUAGUACUUGCUUCUAUGCUGCAGCUGGUAAUAGUGGAAUAGGUUAAAGUUUUAUAUAUUUUAGCCUCCUUUAAUAUUUAAAUGUGAAUUAUUGAUUUCUAGUUAAUUAUGUUAUAAUAUAUUCAUUUGUGUGCUAAUUAGCAAGUUAAGCAAAGUAAAAAAAAAGCCUCAUUAUAUGAAGUGGAGCAUGUGUAUAAAACUAUAUAAAAACACCACGAGAGAUUUAGUGAACAAACAGUGCCUUGCAAAAGGGUUCAUUUUCAUAUUUUGUCACAUUACAUGACACAAAGUAGUGCUUAACUGUGAAGUAGAAGGAAAAUGACAAGUUUUUAAAAAUGUUUGGAAAUAACACAUCUGAAAAGUGUGGCCUGUAUAUUAAGUCAGCUCCCAUUAGUUAAUAAAUCACUGAACCACAUUGUACUUACUGUCUCAACCAACUUCCCAUAUCUAGAAAGGUUUUCCCAUUUAAUAAAAUAGUUCAAGCUUGAUCAGACUGGAUGAAUAGUGUCUGUGAACAUCAAUUUUUUACGCCUUUCCUCGGAUUUCCAGUUGCAUUUAGGUCUGGACUUUGACUGGAAAAUGUGAAUAUGCUUUGAUGUGAAAUACUUCAUUGUAGCUCUGGUUGUUUAGGGUCAUUGUCCUGCUGGAAGGUGGACCUCCACCCCAGGUUCAAAUCUUUCAUACCUCCAACAGGAUUUCUUACACCAUUAUCCUGGAUUUAGCUCCAUACGUCUUUCCAUCAGCUCCUACCAGUUUCCAUGUCCCUGCUCAAGAAAAGCAUUCCCACAGCAUGAUGCUGCCACCAACAUGUUUGACUGUGGAUGACAUGUUCAGAGUGAUGUGCUGUAUUUCCACCACAUGCAGAUUGAAAAGGUUUGAUUUCAUCUGAUCAAAGCACCAUCUUCCUCAUGUUUCCUGUGCCCCAUACAUGACUUGUGUCAAGCUGUAAACCUCACUUCUCAUGGGUUUCUUUCAUCAAUGGCUUUCAACCCUUUCAUAAAGGACAGAUUUGUGGAUGUCAUGCCUGAUAAGUUUUCUGUCAACAGAUUAUCCUAGUUGAGCGGUGGAAGGUCUCCUUACCUGGCCUGUCAGUUUAAAUGGACAGGCAUGUCUUGGAGGUUUGCUGUUGUGUCGUACUUAUUACAUUGUGCUCUGUGUGAUGUUCAAAGUUCCUGAUGUUGUUUUAUAACCUAACCCUGUGUUAAACAUCUCUACAGGUUUAUUCCUGA